CGUGACUAGAAAGGAGCCAGCCUAAACUACCGUUAAUGCAUGUAAGGACCGCGGCUGUCAUCAGUCGAUAUGUCGGCGAGUUGGAUAAUGUUGUUGUCCAAAUUCUUAUUUUUUGCGGUGGCUUUCUGUACAGUGCAUGCAGUGGACGCACCUACGGGCAAUGUAGAUGUCGAGUCGCCCCAUGUUUCCACCGGCUUCUCCCAGAGUACCAGACAUCUGCCUAAAGAUUCAAGUCUGACGUCGAGUAGGCACGACGCGUUUGGUUAUCACAGCAUCAAAUAUGACACCGCCUUUCUGUAUGUUGUCAAUAAUGUACCGGACAACAUUGCCGUAUGGGGACAGUCCAAGGAGUGCUAUAAGUGUAAACUUAUAAAGUUGGCCGAAGUCAGCGGGAAUACAACCAAGCUGCUUUAUCUCGACACCUGGUGGGAGCUGACCCUGGCUUUGACCCACUCCAAUCUCCCCGUAUACAAUUCAUCCAGUAUUUGCUGCAAACUGUUGACAAAACACUUUGGGGAGAACAGCAACUACUCACUCUUCGUCAACGAGAACAAGAGCGCGACAGACAACUCAGAUGUGUGUGUCUACUCCAAGAACAGGGAACCAGACAAUGCCAACAUACCCAUUUAUGUUGCCAUUGGAGUGUACGCACUGAUUGCUGUAGUGUACGGCAUAUUAAACUUUGCUUACACGAAUGGCGUAUUCAAUAGUGUGUUCAACUGGUGCGUCACCGAGAGAGUGGUCAACAGUGAUCUAGGCUCACCACCCUCACGGCAGCCAGUCACAAACAACGCCAGCUUCAGCAAGGACCCGACCAAACCGCGCAGACUCAAAUCCCUGGAUACAUUCAGAGGGAUCUCCAUUGUCGUCAUGAUCUUUGUCAAUCACGGCGGAGGUGGCUAUUGGUUCUUCAAACACGCACGCUGGAACGGUUUGACGGUUGCAGAUCUGGUCUUCCCUUGGUUUGUGUUCAUCAUGGGCACUUCCAUGUCGCUGUCCUUCAGUAGUAUGGUCCGGCACAACGUGUCACGGUGGGCUAUAGUCAAGAAGAUCAUCAGACGGACCAUCAUUCUGUUCGGCUUGGGUAUCAUGCUCGAUGGAAAAACGGACCUGAGCACAUUCCGGGUUCCUGGGGUCUUACAGAGGUUCGCUAUCUCCUACCUGGUUGUGGCAAGCCUUCAUCUGACCUCGGCCAAGCCCAAGAUCGAGGAUUACCGCAUAUCGAACAAAUACCACCUCAUGUUUCGGGACCUGGUGGACUAUUGGCAUGAGUGGCUCGUCGUCAUAGGGCUGAUGGUCGUGUAUGUAUGCCUCGUCUUCUUCUUGCCAGUACCGGGAUGUCCAACUGGCUACUUGGGUCCCGGAGGCCCGCUCGUGAUGCACCAACCCGGAAACGUGGAGAACUGCACCGGGGGUGCCACGGGCUACAUAGACAGGUGGAUCCUGGGGGAGAAACACCUGUACUCUCACCCGACCUGCAUGAAGGUGUAUCACACCACGCUGAACUAUGACCCCGAGGGCAUUCUGGGCUCCAUACCGUCCAUCUUCAUCACGUUUCUUGGACUUCAGGCUGGGAAGAUCUUGCUCCUUCAUCAGUAUCACGGCAGCAGGAUCAAACGACUUCUCAUCUGGACUCUAAUCACGGGUGGUCCCGCACUCCUCCUGUGUGAGGUUUCCCAAGAAGAAGGUUGGAUCCCAAUCAGCAAAAAUCUGUGGUCGCUGUCUUUCGUCCUAGCAAUGGCCGGCACGUCCUUCCUACUGUUAACAUUCUGCUAUAUCAUGGUUGAUAUGAAACAGUGGUGGUCUGGUGUCCCGUUCUUCUUUGCUGGAAUGAACCCCAUCACCCUGUACUGUGGCCACGAGGUUCUGAUGGAUUAUUUCCCCUUCAGCUGGGAUCCUGUGUACGGCACGCACGCCGAGUUACUGGCUAUGAGUCUACUGUGCGCUUCCAUAUGGUCGGCUCUUGCCUACUACAUGUACCGAAUCAAUUUCUUCGUCAAAAUAUGAGGACCUUUUCGUAAAAAGAAAACAGGAAAUGAACAAUCGGGGACUUAGAAAAUUUACUUACUGAAUAUUGCUCCAUUGAUUUUUUUUUGAACAGAUAUGGCAGAUAUAACACUCUUUGCAAAACCAUCAAAACUAAAAACCUCACCGUCUACUUUGCAAACUUCAACACUUUUUUUUUUUAUAUAUUGGUGUGAUCUCGAUUUUUUGCAGAUUAUCUUUUAAACGCUCAUAGAGAAGAAAAUGGAAAACACAUGUUCAUGCACAUGUACAUUUGCCAAAACCACAACUCGAAUGCAUCUCCGGCAUGUAUCGCAGUUUCAACAUGUUUCCCGAUGUCAAACUUUGUUAAUAAGAAAAAAAAUAUUUUCAUCCUUGAUAAUGUGGUAAAAUGUAUUUAUGUUGGCGUAAUAAUGAUUAUGUAAUUUGUAUUUGAGCCACUUUUAUAUACAAGUAGAAAAAUAUGUUUUAAUUGAAGCGAUGUCUUGGUUUUGUUUUAAGAUUUUUUUGAGAAUAGUAUUAUUUAAUAUGCAAGAAGAAUAAUGAAAAAAUAGAGUGUAUAUUUUCAGGUCACUUCGCAUACUUCUACAAAAAUAUGUGCAGCUGGCAACAAAAAGUAUACUUCUAGUUUACAUAGUUUGCAAAUUCUUUUCAGGGCCUUUAAGUUUUGUGGUGAUAAGAACUUACCGCACGGGUUCAUGUAAACAACUUUUGUUUUGGUCACAAAAUAAAGUAUAGAUUAACGGAGAAGCAGCUUAUUAAGCUAUGAUAACCUUGCCUGAAAUUAUUUCAAAUAUUUUUUUUCUUAAAAACAGUUAUUAAUGUAUAAUUGUAGAGUAAAUAAAGACCUAAAAGUAUAAAGUAAAUAAUGUUCACUUACGGCAGAGUUAGCUUUGCCUAAAUGUACAAAUUAUUGCUUAGGCCAAAAAAAAAAAAUGUGGUCUCUGGUCAUACGCGUCAUACGCCCGUGCACACAUGUCGGACUUUUGUGCACGCAUGUCAGACAUAAAUCACGACUGUGAUUGGUCAGAAUACCAUGGGGCGGUGCUUACUGGAUCGGUCCAUUGGCAGUUGUGAUCGGCCUAUCCCAGUGCACACCUUGGCUUAUUAAAACAUAUAAGGUUUCGGCAAGAAACAUCCUACAAUUACUCUUGCAAAACUACUCUUGCGAAUUGGGCGUUUGGCUGUUCAUCAGAAGUUGACUGGAAAUUUUGCCUUAUCGAAAUUUUCAGCGAAAAUAAUCCCGGUGCGAAGUGGUUAAAAAAAUCCAAUUAUAUCUGUCCAUUAAUUAUGAACUGUACUCAACAACAACACUGGUUAUUUAUAAAUGCUAAAUUCUCUCUUAAUUUUUGAAAAAAAUUGUUUUUGUGAUACGGAAUGUUUAACCAAACUGCCUAUAAACUUGGAUACAGUGGAAAAUCAA